AUGUCCAUUGUCUUCAUCGUCUUGUUCCCCCUCGGCGCCAUUUCCAUGCACUUGCCACUCCGCGGCGUCCGCGUCACCACGCGAAUCCACGCCCCGAUCCAGAUCCUCGGCCUUGCGAUGAUGAUCGGCGCCAUGGGACUGGGAAUCGACAUCGCAGACGUGGAUCUGAAUUUCUUCGCAAGGGACACGAGCACGAAGGCACAUGUCGUGAUCGGCCUCCUCACGUGCUCUGUGCUGAUCUUGUUCCAGCCGGCGCUGGGGCUAUUGCAGCACUUGCACUUCCGGCGCACGGGGAAGAAGAGCAUCUUCGCGUAUCUCCAUCGGUGGACCGGCCGUGUUGCGAUAUGUCUGGGGUGGAUCAACUCAGGGCUGGGAUUCCAGCUUGUGCCCAUCUCCCUGGUUUCCACCGGGUCGCUGGUGAGGAAUUUCGUGCUCAUGGGCGUGUUGGGAGCCGUGUGGUUCCUCUUGGUCGGGUGGGACGGGUACCGACAUCACUGGGCGAAGAAGGAUAAGCUGGGGGCGUAUCGCGUUGGAUGGGACAAGGGGGUCGUGUUGAGGAGGCAGCACGCGGUCGAAGAUGGGACCAAGGACGACGUGAAAUUGGAGUCCAGUCAUUCUGGAGAUCAGGGCACCACUGCUGGAGAGCAGCACUUGUAG